GGGCCGAGGAUAGUAGCUAGCCUUGAUUUUAGGAGAGUUAUUUCCUAGUUUAAUUAUUUCCAAAUUAGUAGUUUCUAAGUUUGUUGGCCGGUGGCCUACUUAUCUUGUAUUCCGGGUAACAAUUGAAUUAAGCAAAUAAUUACCAAUCUAAUCUCCUCUCUCUCAACUAAGCCUGCGGCACGGGGCAACCUCGCCGGAGAAGACGACGGACCGAGGCUACGAGCUACGUAGCCGAGGGCCGGCUACCCGAGGGCCUGACGCCCUUGACAACCUGGUAUCACGUUCCAGACGAUCCUCGCCGCGCCGCGCCGUCUCCCCACCACCCGCCACAUCCUCGCCACCACCAGCCGCCGCGCCACCAUCCUCGGACUCGUCCUCCGGCGCGUCCUGCCCACCCGGCAUGGGUGACCCCAAUGACCUCAAGACCUCCGUGGAGGCUCUCACCACCGCCAUGAAGGAGAUGCAGGCCUCGAUCGCCGCCAACGCCAAGGCCAUUGCCGCCCUCUCCUCCGGCCGCACCUCAUCCUCGGGCGCCACGACAGACUCCGGCGAACCCCGCACCGUCCGGCCGCCGCGAUUUCAGAAAAUGGAUUUCCCGCGCUAUGAUGGGAAGUCCGAUCCGCUCACCUUCCUCAAUUGGUGUGAGUCGUACUUCCACCAACAACGGAUCAUGGACGAAGAGAAGGUUUGGAUGGCGUCCUACAACCUUGAAGAUGGUGCACAGCUAUGGUACAUGCAAGUCCAGGCGGAUGAGGGUAAACCGUCGUGGCGUCGCUUCCGGGAACUCCUCGUCCUACGGUACGGGCCGCCACUCCGUUCGGCUCCCCUCUUCGAGUUAGCCGACUGCCGCCGCACUACCACCGUGGAGGACUACCAGGACCACUUCCAAGCGCUCCUGCCCCGCGCCGGCCGCCUGACGAAGGCACAACGGGUUCAGCUCUUCACCGGCGGUCUGCUUCCUCCGCUCAGUCUCAAGGUCCAGAUGCAGAAUCCGCAGUCCCUCGUCACCGCCAUGAGUUUGGCUCGGCAGUUCGAGCUGAUGGAGCAGUGCACUGCCACCCUGGCCAAAGCCCCUGGCCACGGGAUACUGCCGACGCUGGGUCCGCGCCAGGCCCCGCCCCAGCCGCCGGCGCCUAGGGCCGCAUCGCCCCCUGUCCUCAUCGACGGUCGCCCGGUGAAGCGGCUCUCUCAGGCGGAGCAGGACGAGCGUCGCCGCCUCGGGCUAUGCUUUAACUGUUGGAAUUAAUGAAUGGACCUUAGCCCACUCGAAGAUUAAUUCUUUGGAAAAUCACAAAA